AGCCAGCCCAACUCCUUGUUCUCCCAUCCACUUCUUUCUCCUCCUUCCCCUUGGGAACCAGUCAUGUCCUGCUAUGACCAGUGUCAGCCCUGCCAACCCUGCCGGCCCUGUGGCCCGACCCCACUGGCCAACAGCUGCAAUGAGCCCUGUGUCAGGCAGUGCCAGAACUCCACUGUCGUCAUCCAGCCCUCCCCUGUGGUGGUGACCCUGCCUGGCCCCAUCCUCAGCUCCUUCCCGCAGAACACUGUUGUGGGAUCCUCCACCUCUGCUGCCAUUGGCAGCAUCCUCAGCUGUGAUGGAGUGCCCAUCACCUCUGGGUGCUGUGACCUCUCUGGCAUUUCCAGCCGCUACUAUGGCAGAAGGUGCCCCCCCUGCUAA